CAUAAUUUUACGUUGAUGUUUACGAUUGACUUUGACAAUUACAGCUCCAUUUUCUAAUUCUAAAACAAAACCUUUUCACUGCCAUUUGAAAAUCGACUAACAUUUAUAAUAUGUGUAAGACAGAAUGUAUUCCCGUGACAAACAGCCUAGUAUAGAGGACAGAUUGGAAUAGUCCAGAUUCUUUCAUCAGUAUAGUGUUUUGUACCUUUAAUAGUGGAAGUGUAUUCAUGGUUGUGUUCAAAAUGACCCAAGAUAAAUUAAUAGAGGACAGUGUGGAUGGUGAUCUACCAUCAAGAAUCCAAGCAAAGGAAUUCUAUGCCAAGUAUGAACCUAGGGAAAUAUUGGGAAAAGGUGUGAGUAGUACUGUAAGAAGAUGUUUUGAGAAGAAAUCGGGUAAAGAAUAUGCUGUAAAAAUUAUAGAUAUCAGUGGAGAAAAGGGUGAAACAUAUCAAGUAGAACAAACAAAGAAAGAUACAUACAGAGAAAUUAAUAUAUUACGAAUGUGUGCUGGUCAUGAUCAUAUAAUUGAGCUUCAUGACUGGUUUGAAACGCCUACAUUUAUAUUCUUAGUGUUUGAAUUAUGUAAAAGAGGUGAAUUAUUUGAUUAUUUAACAGAAGUUGUAUCGUUAUCAGAAAAACGUACAAGAAUUAUAAUGAGACAAUUAUUAGAAGCUGUAUUAUUUGUACAUGAUAAAAAUAUAGUACAUAGAGAUUUAAAGCCAGAAAAUAUUUUACUAGAUGAUAAUUUAAGUGUAAAAGUAUCAGAUUUUGGUUUUGCUACAGUUGUCAACAAAGAUGAAGAAUUAACUGAAUUAUGUGGUACACCUGGUUAUUUAGCACCUGAAGUUUUAGCUGUUUCUAUGUAUGAUAAUGCUCCAGGUUACGGUAAAGAAGUAGAUAUGUGGGCAUGUGGUGUUAUCAUGUUUACAUUACUCUGCGGCUCUCCUCCAUUUUGGCAUCGAAAACAGAUGUUAAUGUUACGAGCUAUUAUGCAAGCUAAUUAUUCAUUUGGUAGUCCAGAAUGGGAUGAUAUUAGUGAAACCCCUAAAGAUCUGAUCUCAAAAUUAUUAAUUGUUGAACCUAAAAAACGGCUGACAGUUAAAGAGUGCUUAGCUCAUCCAUUCUUUGUUAGAGAGCUUGGUCCCGAAAAGAAAUUUUAUGCACGAAGAGUGUUCAAGGCGGCAAUAUUAUGUGCUAGGUUUUUCUACAGAUUAAAAUUCUUCUAUGUCAAUCCAUUACCAAUAUCAAGUGACGUUUUAAAAACUAAUCCAUACAGUGUCAAAUUGUGUAGAAAACUUAUUGACGGAGCUGCAUUUGGAAUGUACGGACAUUGGGUUAAAAGGGGAGAUAACCAAAAUAGAGCAGCGUUGUUCGAACAUACUUUAAGAGAUGACUGGAAAAAUACAAUUUUAACCCAAUUCUGAUGCUCAAGUUAACUCAGGGAUUAUGUUUUUAUCAAUUCAACUGUGAUGUGGACCCUUUUUUUAACGCGAUAUUUUAAUGUGUGGUUCCAAGUUUUGGUUAAUGCUUUCUUCAACUCAGCUUGAAGAUGUUUGUUUAGUUGUGUUAUACGUUAUAAAUGGAUUAUGUUCAUUGAAUGGGAUUGUUAAUCUAUAAUACACCUGUUUCUAUUGAAAUACCUUUAAUUUACACAAGGUACAUGUAUAUGCACAUAAAUAUAUGACUUUAUAAAGUCCUCCUAAAGAUCUAAUAUUCAAAAUAUACUAGAGUGAGGCAGACAUGAAAGUUGUAUUAAUUCAAGUCUACUACCAUCUAAAGUACAGGAGUUAAGGAAAGACAUGAGGCAGACAUGAAAGCUUUAUUAAAGACUACUACCAUCACCAUCUAAAGUACAGGAGUUAAAUAAAGACGCGAGGCAGACAUGAACGAUCUUCAUACAGCUGUAGUAUAACAACUGGCCAGUGGUGCAUAUACCCCCAUUUAUUAUCACAAAACUAAAGAUAUAGUCAAACCCUAAUAUGCACAAAUCUCAACAUAUUGAACAAAAUGUUUUCUGCCAUGAACUGUGAUUUUAGAUGUAUUGUAUUUAUAAUGUACAUGUAUGUUUAAAUACAUGUCUAUUUGAUCAUUACGAAAAUACCAUUAGUUUCACCAGAAAGCUUUAAAUAUUGUAAAGUCAUUAUUAAAGUCAGUGUUCAUAUACAUGUAUGUCAAUACAUAUACAUUAUUCAAGUAAUUUUUUUAUUUAUUUCAAAUACUUGAAGGAAUAUUAAUUCAUACCAUUGAAAAAUCUAUUAGAUUGUAAUAAAAUUAGUACAAGCAAUGAAAUAAUUAUUAAAUAUUUUAGUGCAAUUAUUGUGGGUGUCAAAUCUAUUAAUAGAUUUACUUGAAUUUAAACACAUGCAUAAUUUUGUCAACGAAAAAGCAUGCAAUGAAAUGCUGUUAAAUGUCUUCAUAUUGAUUAGGCCGUAUAUUAAAAAAUAUUGUGUUUCUCAGAUACUCCUGUGGCACUUAAAUAGAGCUACAUGGCAUUUUUUAUUUUUUGUCAUCAUUAGCUCAGUCGAUGCAGACUUUAAACCCAUUUCCUUUCAUUUUUUGGAAUAGUUACAUUAAUUACGGGACCGAAAGUAACUCUAUAAAAAUUUUGUAAUGAAUUUGGAAAUAUACCGUAGACUCGACCAUCAAAUAGGCUAGUCCCAUAAAAAAUACUGGAUAAUCAUGCAUUCCUAAUAACAACAUGGUGAGAUAAAUAUAAUGCCUUAGAAUGUGAUAUUUACAUGUAUGAGCAGUCAUAUUAUUUACCCCAAUUACCUCAGAUUUUUAGGGGGGAAUGUCUGAGAACCAGAAUAAUUUUUUUUGUGGCCUUACAUGUAGCUGAAUGUAAAUUUAAUUUCAUAUUUACACUAUUUUAUGAUCUUUCAUAACUACCAUAUUCAUUAUGCCAUUAAAUUUAUCAUUAUUUAUUUUCUCAUUUUCAUGAUAUAAAUUAUAUCCUUCCUUUACCUACAUUGAUAAUUUAACAAAAAUCAUAUUUUGCUCUUAUUAAAUAUGCUGAUGGUCAUUUACUUUUUUCUGACAAUAUCCAAUACUUCACGAUUUAUUAUGUACUAAAAUAUGACUAUUUUACAAUUUAAUUAGAAAGAAGACAAAACCGAAAUAUCCAUAGUAGAUGAUCUCCCCACUUUGAAUCCGUGAGAUUUAAAAACAACGCCCAUCAAAAGAUUUUGUUUUUAUCGUCUGCAGACGAUGCUAAAUGUUGAAGAAUUUUCAAUUAAUCAUAUACGGAAUGCAAUUUAACCAUAUUUAUAGAGAUAUUCAGAAAGUCACCCUUUAAAAAAUUGCAGUUUGCAAGGGAUUCAAAAUCCCCCCCCCCCCCCAAAUGGUGACAAUCAGAUUUAAUUCUUUGAGGUAAAUACAAAACCCAUAAAUGAUAAUCAGCAGCUUUACAGUUUAACUACAUGUAUUUUUGCUGUUGUUAUUUUUGAUAUGAUAUUACUUUUGAAAACCUCAUUGUUGUAAAUGUUAUAUGGUUAUAAAUGUAAGAUGUGACUCAAUAAUUCCAACUAUUCAAAAAACCAAAGUUGCUUCUUAGAAUAAUAUAUUCUUUUUAUUACCGUAUAUGUGAAGCAUAAUUUCUGUUUCAAGUAAAUGUUGAUCUUCAACUAUUUAAUAGAGCAGGUAUGAAAUUAAUAUUUCUUUUUGUGAACCAUUGAAAUCAUAUGAUAUGCUUUUCAUGUUCUGUCAGAGAAUAAAAAUCUCUCCGAAAACUAAAA